AUGAAUUGUUUACUGUGGAAUUGUCGAGGGCUUGAGAACCAAUCGACAAUUCGGCAACUUGUUUGGCUUGUCAAACAAAAGAGACCCGACUUGGUUUUCCUUAUGGAAACCAAGCUUUUUAUGGAAGAAUGGAAUUCUAUUUUAGUUUCUGUGGGUUUGGAAAAUUCGUUUGUGGUAGAGUGUGAUCACUUGGCUGUUGGGAGAAGAGGAGGUUUAUGUCUCUUAUGGUCGGAAAAUGUUGAUGUUCACGUGAAGUCUUCUUCGCCACAUCAUAUCUUGGCAGAGAUUAAUGAAAAUGGUAAUCCUCCGUGGGAUUUUGCUGGUAUAUAUAGAUGGAGUAAUACAUCAGAUCAUCAUAAGACUUGGGAUCUCUUGCGGUCUCUACAUUCUCAAGUGGCUGAUAAAUGGGUUUGUGGUGGGGACUUCAACGAAACAAUGUAUCAUUUUGAAAACCGAGGAGGCAACGCCAAGGUGGACAGCAGAAUUUCGGCUUUUAGGGAGGUAGCUGCUUUUUGUGAAAUUACCGAUCUGGGAUACUCAGGGGAGCCUUAUACUUGGACAAACAAUCAGUCAGGAGCGGAUAACAUCAUGGAGCGGCUUGAUCGGGUUUUCGGUAAUGAUGCGUGGAUGGAUUUCUUUCCCGGAUUCGAAGUGAUUCAUUUGUUGAGAAAGUCCAGCGAUCAUUGUCCUAUUUUGUUAACCCUUUCCAAAGAGGUGGAAAACAUACAACCCAGACCAAAGCCCUUCCGUUUUGAGGCCAUGUGGUUGAAAGAUGGGAGAUGUAAGGAGCUUUGUCAACAGCUGUGGGAUUCGGGGAGCAACACUAAUAUAGCAGAUGAUUUUAAUAAGAAAAUGGCGGCUAUGGGUCACAAACUGAAAAUCUGGGAAAGGAGUGUUUUCGGGCAGGUCCGGAAAAAAUGUGAGAAGUUGCGUGAGGAACUAGCGGCCCUCCAAAACUAUCAUCGGGAUCCUUUUACUAAGGAGCGGCAAUGA